AUGCCAUGGAGAGACCGCCAGAUGAAUGGCUGCUUCACCUUCGAGAUGUGCUGUAUGUUCGAUGGAAAGCUCGGAGAGAGAUGCUGGACUGCUGCUUCUUUUUUUACCUUCGAGCGAUGCUGUGCUUUGGCAAUUGAUUCGGAUAAUCAGCGCCACAUACCGUACUGGCACUCGAAGCAGGUGUUAGUGAAGCUUCGAUCCUCCGCUGGUACUGAAGGCAGCAUCUUGAAGCUGCACCAGGAUGUACCCGGAACGUUUGAAGGCGAAUGGCAGAUCUACCAGCCAGACAGGGUUCCACUUGUCCUUUGGGAAUCUGGCUACAUGAUGAUGCGGUGGAUGGAAGAAAGGGCCAUUGCUUCCAGCAUGUUCCGGGGACGCCGCGUGCUUGAGCUGGGGGCUGGUAUCGGGCUUGCUGCAAUUCUGGCAACUCUUCAUGGCGCCAUUGUGGUGGCUACGGAUGCUUCGGGCGAAGCAGUUCAGCUCAUCCGCAGGAACAUAAACACAAAUCUUGAUAGUGGUCAAGCUGCCAAGAUUCACCCACUCCGUCUGGAUUGGACAGGGAUUAUUGGAGGCUCUGAUCUGGAUCCAGACGUGGGUCCCAUGUCAAGGAAGGCAUUGGCUAGACAGAGGCUUAACGAUGCCGGCGUGACGGGGAACUUCGACAUUGUGGUAUGUGCGGCUCUUGGGUAUGUAGAGGUGCUGACAUUUCAUUCUUUGCUUGGCAUCCUUGAUCUAACCACAGACAAGGACACUACUGUACUGUGGGGUGCUGGCAAAGAGGCCACGAUCCACUUGAACAGAUCCUGGAACCAUGAUGAAAAGGCAGUCGCGUUGGCCAAGGCAUUCAAGAUCGUGACCGAAUUAGGAGAUGACCGACCUCCUCACCUGAAUCUGUACGAGUUACGUCGACGAGCUUCGUGGAGAGAAGCUCCAGUUUUUGCGCGUACGAAAAAGAGAACAUCAGUGCAGAUUGGAAUGAUUGUAAUCUUUCGAGACGUAGCAGGCAAGCGUGGGAGAAUUAUUUUUUACAUUGCGGUCGCCUGGGGGGUUCGCAUUUCCACCGAAAAUCGAAGACACGUUUUGGAGACCCAUGGUCAUGAGGUAUAG